CGCCAUCUUGCUCGCGGGGCGGCCCCGGCUGGGUGAGGGUCCGGAGCUGGGCGUCGCGGGCUGUGCGGCAGUCAUGCCGUCUUCGCCGCUGCGGGUGGCGGUGGUGUGCUCCAGCAACCAGAACCGGAGCAUGGAGGCGCACAACAUCCUCAGCAAACGAGGAUUUAGCGUCCGAUCCUUUGGAACGGGAACUCACGUGAAGCUUCCAGGACCAGCACCCGACAAGCCCAAUGUUUACGAUUUUAAAACCACAUACGAUCAGAUGUACAAUGACCUUCUUAGGAAAGACAAAGAACUCUACACGCAGAACGGCAUUUUGCACAUGCUGGACAGAAAUAAGCGGAUCAAGCCCCGGCCAGAGAGGUUCCAGAACUGCAGAGACCUGUUUGACCUGAUCCUCACCUGUGAGGAGCGCGUCUACGACCAGGUGGUGGAGGACCUGAACUCCCGGGAGCAGGAGACCUGCCAGCCGGUGCACGUGGUCAACGUGGACAUCCAGGACAACCACGAGGAGGCCACCCUGGGGGCCUUCCUCAUCUGUGAGCUCUGCCAGUGUAUCCAGCACACGGAGGACAUGGAGAACGAGAUCGAGGAGCUGCUGCAGGAGUUCGAGGAGAAGAGCGGCCGGGCCUUCCUGCACACCGUGUGCUUCUACUGAGCGGCCGGCGCCCCCUGCGCACCGUGUGCUCCUCCUGAGCGGCCGGCGCCCCCUGCUGGCGGCUUCCCCUCCCGACGCCUGCUUGUACCCAAAUAAACUGUACCCGAAACCGAGCAGGUGCAUGGA